AAUGGUUUAUAUUUCUCAUGCUUCUUAUUUCUGUGUGUGACACAAUUUAUGUCACUACUGAGCAUUUCAAGAAAGAAAAAAAACAUUUUAAAUAUAAAGCAAAUGAGAUAUGCCUCUGUUGACAUAUGAGAGGGGUUGUUGGAGCAUAAUGAUCUGAUUAUAGGCUGUUCGGUUGCAGGAUGUUGUUGUUAAAUCAAUAUUGACUGCCAGAGGGUUUGUCAUGGUGUGUGAAAAUACAGCAGGAUUAUAAGGGAUGUGGCACUGGGCUCUGCUAUUGCCUUGCGUUUGUCUCUGAACUGAGGAAUUAUGAGCAGUUUGGGUGUUUUUUCCCCCGCUUAUACUGGCAACAGACGUGGACAUUUGAAUCUUUGUAGAUUAGAUGACUAAUCACACAAGUUGGACAGAAAUUUUUGGGGGGCUUUACUUUUCUUUUUUUUUGAGAUGACCAUAACAGUGACCAUAUUUUCUUUACAAAAGAAGACUUGAGAAAUAUCACAGCCAAAAACAAGAUCUUUAUUCAGAUUAAGAAGAAAACAAAAGUGCAGAACACCCAAAACAAGAGGAUUACGGCUGUGGUAAUUACGGAUUUGGCUGUGGUGCAUAAUGAAUCGGGUUGAAGAAUGGGUCCUUGCAAACAGGGACCAGAUCGAGAAAGGGGUGGCGAUCAUGGGCCAGGGCUGUGAGGUGCUGGCCUCCACGGUGGGCCAGUUCCACCCCAUCCUGGAGGCGGUGUUCGUGGCCUCGGCAGAGAUCCUCAGCAACCCCGAGGGGAAGGAGGCCCGUUACCUGAGCGAGCAGUUCGAGAAGGUCAACCAGAAGCUGGAGGGCAUCUCGGACGAGAUCGGCCAGAUCGGCCUAGAGCUGCUGAGGAGUAGCAUGAACAAGCAGAACUUUGACCGCGAGGCCCAGAUCAUCAGCCAGUACGAGAAGUUCCAGGACUUCAUCAAUGCCAAGCCCAAGUUCAAGGAGAAGAAGAAAGAGAAGUUCCUCAGCCACUUUGACAACACGGACCGCGACGUGAACCUGGACGCCCUGUACAACGCAGUCACCGGGGAGAACAUGUGCGGCGACCCCAUACUGGACACAGUGGUGACCACGGAGCAGCGCAGCCGGAGGGCGGUGGAGGAGUUCUGCGCGCGGCUCAAGAAGCUGUUUGUCAUGGGUAUCAUUGCGGUCAUGGGCCACGCCGCCUUGCAGGAUGGGGCGGUCGGCGAGGAAAUGGUCAAGAAGUGGCAGGAGCGCAUGGAGGACGUGGAGAAGCGCAUGAAGGUCGCCGUGGACGACUGCACCCAGAACUUCGCCGUGCAGGCCAAGACGGACGUGGAGCGCCAGCUGCUGGACACGCCCGGAAGCGUCGACCCGGAGUUCACCAAAGCUCUGCUGGACGCCCUCGCCAAAAAGUACGACUGGGUGUCCUGGUCCAUCCGGGUGUUCAAUCACAGUGGAAUAUUUUUCUGGAACUGGCUGGCUGGCAAGAAGUACCACGGCAGCGGCGGAGGAGGCAACUUCUUUGACCUCCUGACCUCAAAUAACAUCCGGGUGGUGGUGUCCUUCAGCGCCGACCCAAAGCCCAUCAACAAGAGCCAACUGCAGGAUCAAAUAGAGAACCAGAAGCUGAAGGGUAACAUGGUGUCAGUGGCACAGGCACUGUGUGGCAGCCAACCCAACUGCCUGGUGCAUGCCGUGAGCAGAUACAAGAGAGUGGAGGAAACCAACAACUUUCAGCCAGAGUGCUAUUACUAUGGGAUUCACAAAAGGGCCUACUUGUGUAUCCACUCCGAGUAGUCUAGUGUAGCUGAAUGAAGGGGAGCAAAAUAUAUCUUUCAUGUGGCAAUCAUUAAACAUGCAGAUUUUUUA